UUCACAUUACUGUAUGCAAUUUUUAUUAAUUAUUAUGCAAUAGUCGUUUAAAUUCUUACAGUAUUUCUCUCAUAGAAUGUUUUUACGUUUUCCGAUGACAGUAUUAGUAUAGUUGGUUGCAAUACAUGUCAAUUCGUAAACUAGUCGAAGCUAUGUAUAUAUUGUUGCGUUAUUUCGUUUAAAAUUGCUUCGUGAACAUAAUGAUAGUAACAGGAGCAAUUUUUAACCGCAAUAUUUACUGAUUUUCCGUGCAUUAAUUGCUGAACAAAUGUCGUAUAUGCGUCACUCAGGCUCAAUGUCGAGAAUAAACACAUACGACAAGUGUUAAGAUCUUGAAACAUGAACACAUAUAGACAUAGUUAGUCGGGGAAGUGUCAGAUCGAGUGCUUCGAUCUUUGAAAUAUCGGAUUGUUUCAUAGUACUAUUACAUAUUAUUAUUAGAGUCGUUAUUCCACGACACGUAUAAAUUUGUCUAGCAGACGAAAAACAUAACCUCUUAGUUCGGAGUAUCGAAUUGUCAUCGAAGGCGCGAAUGAAUUAAAACAUCGUAUUUGUAUGCAUAAUGGCGAAUGAUAGGGAGGUACUCAGAGAAAUUUGGGAUGGCAAAAUUCCUGUCUGUUUUACGCUCGAUCCCGAGGAAAUUUGCGAAUUACAAGGACCCGAUCCGUUUUAUCUAAUGGUACCUAGGUUAAGUUACUUUCCACUGUGCACGGAUAAGGUACGAAAGCAUUUUAUUCGACACGUCCAAAGCGACGGCAAACAGGAACACGAAAUGUGGCUAGAAUUCAAUGGCAUUCCCCUGAAAUGGCAUUAUCCCAUUGGUGUACUUCUGGAUAUUUAUUCCAAUGAUAUACAACUACCCUGGAAUAUCGUUGUUCACUUUGAAAGAUUUCCAGAAAAUGUAUUGAUGCGCUGUCAAAACAAAGAGGCCGUGGAGUCGUAUUUCCUCUCCUGCGUAAAAGAAGCUGACGUAUUGAAGCACAGAAGUCAAGUUGUGUCUAGUAUGCAAAAGAAAGAUCACAAUCAACUGUGGUCUGGCCUGCUCAAUGAUAAGUUUGAUCAAUUUUGGUCUGUAAAUCGUAAACUGAUGGAGGCUAGCAACAGCGAGGAAGGUUUCAAAUAUAUACCUUUUCGUUGCUAUACAAGCGAGGACAAAUAUGUACAGAAGCUUGUGAAACCAGUCAAUGAAGAAGGUCAGAGGAAAACUCUGAGGCAUUUAUUGAACGAAGUAUUUCCAGAUGAUGAAAAGAUUACGGUACUCACCCAUGGUAUCGUUCCACCUUUGGAAACACCGCUGCAGUGGAUGUCGGAACAUCUGAGCUAUCCGGAUAAUUUUCUGCAUUUAGUUUUGGCGUCAUAACCCAUAUAAAAAAAAUUAAUUAACUAUCGCUG